AAGGCUUUGGUAUUCCUUCAUGCCAACGCUGCUUUUACAGAGCCUUCUCUCCGACACUGAAAAACUCGAGCUUGAUUUCUUAGAUAUCAUCCAUUUUUUGUGUUGUUUCGAAACCUUUUCUUUGUCUAUUCAUUUCGUACGUGGGGUUCUUUGACAAUCUUUAAUCUUUUCAAAAAUGAAGAACAAGUCUUCUCUCUUUCUCAAGCAGUUUAUCUCUGUGUUCAAAUCUAUAGCUAAAGCCAAGUCAAUGGCCAUCAAGAACAAAACCAGCGCUUUCAAAGCUCGCCUCAUAAUGUUCUCCUUGUUGAAGAACAAGCAGAAGCUUAUGCUGGAUUCGUUAUCCCAUAAAAUCCAUAUACUUCUUGGGCAGCAUGACGGAGAAAGCCAAGACGAGGCAGGUGAAAAUAGCAAGGCCAUAGUUCUCUACAACAUUGCAUUGGCAAACGAGUCCUCGCAUUCGAGCUCCAGCCACGCCCAGUACUUGAUGCACAAUGUAGAGGCUGAUUAUGAAGAAGAAGGAGAUCAUGAUGACGGUGAUGAUAAAUACCCAGAUCUCAGACACUCUUUAUUUGAUGACGAGGAUUUGGACAUUGAGGAGGAUGAUCAGGGUGGGUCCAUCAUUGAUCAGGUGAGGAAUUCCAAGGAGGAGGAAGGGGAGAAUUUCGUCCUGGAAGACGAGAUUGAUAAUGUUGCAGACUUGUUUAUCAGGAGGUUCUAUAAACAGAUACGCUUGCAAAAGCUGCAGUCUUUCAAGAGGUUUCAAGCGAUGAUGGAGAGAAUUCUUUGAUUAAUCAAAACUGCGGGUACGAAGAAGUGGGGAGUGCCAUCGAUAGUUCGAUACUGACAUAAACCAUCUGUACCAGCUUCUGUUAACUUCGAAUCCGGCCCAUUACCUUUCUUUUUGGGCUAUUAAAGCCUUUUAUUUUAUUUUUUUUAAAUGGGCUCAUAUUUCUCUCUCUCGAAUUCGUUGUAAUACUAGACUCUAGUGCAUAUCUUCAAUAUAUAUAAAAUGUGUAUAAAACGGAAUUUGUUGUUUUA